AGGGUUAAAGGGUUCAAACCAGCACCCUCCCGCCCGCCAGGAGACGGAAGAAGUUUCUUGAUUAGCAUAGUAUCUGCCCUCGGGCCGCGCUGCGAGGCGGCGGUUCCGUCCCUGUCGAAGUGAAGCGUGCAGUCCCAUCUUGAUUGAGGUUUGGACGCAGCACCUGCUUCUAAUCUGAGAGGACCCAAGGCUUACAGCUUUGCCGAACAAGACAUUGUGGAAUGAAACAGAACAGAGAUCAAAAGCAUCCCAAUUCUCAGAGGAACAGUUCAUCUCGACAGGCAGGGAGAGAGCCUGGAUGCUCAAGUUGGGGAAUGGCAGUCAAUGUGUAUUCUACCUCGAUAACCCAAGAGACUAUGAGCAGACAUGACAUCAUUGCAUGGGUUAAUGACAUAGUAUCUUUAAACUACACAAAAGUGGAACAGCUUUGUUCAGGAGCGGCCUAUUGCCAGUUCAUGGACAUGCUCUUUCCAGGCUGCAUUAGUUUGAAGAAAGUAAAAUUUCAAGCAAAGUUGGAGCAUGAGUAUAUUCACAAUUUUAAACUUCUGCAAGCGUCAUUUAAGCGAAUGAAUGUUGAUAAGGUAAUUCCAGUGGAGAAGCUAGUGAAAGGGCGUUUCCAGGACAACCUGGAUUUUAUUCAGUGGUUUAAGAAAUUCUAUGAUGCUAACUACGAUGGGAAGGAAUAUGAUCCUGUAGAAGCACGACAAGGGCAAGAUGCAAUUCCUCCUCCCGACCCUGGAGAACAGAUCUUCAACCUGCCAAAAAAGUCUCACCACGCAAACUCCCCCACAGCAGGUGCGGCUAAAUCAAGUCCAGCCUCUAAACCAGGUUCCACACCUUCUCGGCCCUCAUCAGCCAAAAGGGCUUCGUCCAGCAGCUCAGCAUCCAAAUCUGAUAAAGAUUUGGAAACACAGGUCAUACAGCUUAAUGAACAGGUACAUUCAUUAAAACUUGCCCUCGAAGGCGUGGAAAAGGAAAGGGAUUUCUACUUCGGAAAGUUGAGAGAGAUUGAACUACUCUGCCAAGAACACGGGCAGGAAAACGAUGAUCUCGUGCAGCGACUAAUGGAAGUUCUCUAUGCUUCGGACGAGCACGAAGGCCACCCAGAAGAGCCGGAAGCAGAGGAACAAGUCCACGAACAGCAGCCCCAGCAGCAGGAAGAGUACUGAACCGUCUUGGCAGCUCUCGACACUUCCAUUUUGUGUGGGAACUUUUCUUCUGGAAAAUUGGAACACGUGUGGCCUCAAGCUCAACAGAAACCAGUUGUUCCCAGUCUGCCGGUAACAUCACCGCGCUGUCGCAUAUGCCAGCCACCGCACUCAGUUCCCAUUUCCUUUGCCAAGACACAUUAGCAGCCGGCCGUUUGGCGGCCCCCCUGAGAGAUCAUGGGGUCACAAACCUUCAACUUCGCCACCUGGCUGCGUGAAAUUGGUUCUGCUCUUUUCAUUUCUUUCCAGAACAGCUCUCCCCACCCACCCCACUACCACCACCAACACCCCCUUUUUAUCCUGGUGUGAAACAAUGGUAAUUUGAUAUAUGGUAUUUAUAUUGGCAUUUCUCAACCCAGUGUCACUAGAUGUCACACACAUUUGUGGUGCUUUGAUGUUUUUGCAAGUCUAACCUCUGAACAUAAAUUUGGUUCAAAUAAUAAAUUGGAACAAAGGGAAAGAGAUACUUGAUAUGAAAGCCAUAAUGACAGUGACUUGUUUCAUAGGGAAAAACAGAGUCAGUUUCUCCCUCUACUUGUAACACUAAAGGGAAAAAAAGAAUGGAAUCAAAAUUAGGACUUCAGGGCCCAGCAGUGUUCAUACGUCAGCAUGUUAGACAACCACACAGUGUGUUGUUAGUUUUUAAAGACAUUCACUCAAGGAAAACACCAUCUCAACUUGGCCCUCUAACUGCUUGCCCCUCCCCUCCCCCACCCAGGUUUCCACGCUGUUUUCUUUCUCAGGGUCCUCUUUGGUGGGCAACCACUCUCCCCAGGAAGCUGUCAUCAGUUAUCUGCAGUCCAGAGGGGAUCUGCAUAGGUACAGGUCUUCCUGCCUCCUUGUGUGAGGUUCCGCGCCAACCCUGUCAUCCAACUAGGGGACUAAAGAAUCACUGCGGGCUGUGAAGCCCCGAGUGUCAGAGUUCUGCCUCAUGCUGUACACUUGCUGGAAGUGAAGACCUGAUUCCUAGGAGUAUAAUUCCAAGGGAGAAUCAUGGUUCUGAAGUCUGGUGUUGACACUGGAAUAACAGCACAGAAUAAUCUAUGACUCCCAGUACCUUCUGGAAUGAGGAAUUUCCCCUCUUUAUACUGCGGCCCUCCUUGUCAUUGACCUUUGCUAAACCGUGGCAAUUCAUAAAUCGAGGAUACAUUAAUGAAUUAAAAGCAUUCCUUAUUUUUUUAACUAAUAUUUGCACAUUUUCUUAGUAUCUUUCCAAAUCUUUGCCUCUUUAUUUUAUUUUUUUCCUUUGACAGAUGGGAUUCCUUCCUGGAUCAAUUCAUUUCACUUGGUUUCUAACUUUAAAUUUACCUUCACUUGUUAUUUGACUUAGCAGGUGCCACCAAAACAACAAACAACUGUGCCCACCCCACUUUCUUCUUAACUGAAAAGCUUAAAAUAAAUUUCUGAAUUCUGUAUCAUGCAGCUUUGACAUUUCUUUAUUAAUUGAUGAAAUACUGAUUCUAAAUUCUAGCAUUGAAGCUUUCCACCAAAAGAAGUCUUCUCAAAAUAAAUCUUUUACAGCAAAGUGGUAUUUGAGUUAUAUGUGAAAAAGAUUGCUUGUAUUUUUGAGGUUAUUACAACACACUGUGCAGAAUUGGACAGAUGUUCCGUGGUGUUUGGUUUCCCUCUCUUCUCUCUCCUGCUUGCUCUGCGCUAUAGUAGUAGCUCCUUUCUCUCAGGCUGGAAAGCCUGGCUCUCAGCAGUGACAUCCUCCCACACCUGGUUUCAGGUAGUGGUUGUGCUAUAUACAGCAUCAUGCGUAACGGUGUGUUCCCCCACAUCUGUUGCACUCACUGAGUUCCCUUUUUUUAAAAAAAUAGCUUUUAUGAAGAGGCACAAUAAAUAAUUCCAUGCAGCUUAUA